CCUCACCGGCCUUCGUCAGCCCACGCCCGCCCUUCGUCGCCUCACGCCCGCCCUUUCGUCAGCCUCACGCCCGCCCUUCGUCAGCCUCACGCCCGCCCUUCGUCGCUCACCCGCCCUUUCGUCAGCCUCACGCCCGCCCUUCGUCAGCCUCACGGCCCGCCUUCGUCAGCCUCACGCCCGCCCUUCGUCAGGGCCUCACGCCCGCCUUCGUCAACGCCCGCCUUCGUCCAGCUCACGCCCGCCCUCGUUCAGCCUCACGCCCGCCCUUCGUCCAGCCUCACGCCCGCCCUUCGUCAGCCUCGCGCCCGCCCUUCGUCAGCCUCGCGCCCGCCCUUCGUCAGCCUCCACGCCCCGCCCUUCGUCAGCCUCACGCCCGCCCUUCGUCAGCCUCAUCGCCCGCCCUUCGUCCAGCCCUCACGCCCGCCCUUCGUCAGCCUCACGCCCGCCUUCGUCAGGCCUCACGCCCGCCCUUUCGCUCCUAUGCUAACUCACGCUGCGAGUCACACACUAGUUUCCAAGCCUCUACCAUACGACACGAUCCUUAACGUCCCACCGCUCACCAUCACGCCCCAUUCUCAGCCUCGCCAUCACGGCCCAUAUCUUUCGUUCAGCAUCAUACCUACCACAAAGCCUUCUACAUUAGGCAUACAACGCCCAUACACACAUAGCCUCCCAUCACGUCCCACUCUUCUCGAGGCACUUCCCCAUAACGACAUCCCAGCCUCACCCUCGUACAUCCAACGCCUAUCCGCCUUCCAACCUCCCCAUCCCACACUACCCACUCACCCAGCCCACGCAGCUACGCCCGCAUGCACCAGGCUGUCCCCAUCACGGCCCAUUCCCAGUCUCCCCAUCACGCCCCAGUCCCAGCCUCCCCAUCACAGCCCAUCCCAGCCUCCCCAUCACGCCCAUCCAGCCUCGCCAUCACGCCCGAUCCCAGCCUCGCCAUGUCACGCCCACCCCAGCCUCCCCAUACACGGACGCGCUAAUCCCAGCCUGACGCGGCCAUGUCUACGUGCCUCAAAAUCCCAGCCUAGUCACCAUCGCGCCCACGCCCGCCCCCAUACCUUGUUCACGUUAGCUGUUAAAUAA